AUGGCGAAUGACAAUUAUUGGCAAGCGGUGCUAAUAACUGUGCCCAUUGUUGGAGCUGCUAUCGCCACACUCUUUUUUCUUCUGCGUCUCUACAGCAGACUACUUACAAGCAUGAAACUCAACAUUGGUGACAUCCUGAUGUUUUUUUGGCCUGUUCUUCUCCUACGGAGCGACUAUAAGCACAAUCCUUGGGAAGGAAAAACUGAUAUUUGGGGACUGGGAAGUGAACAUCGCGAGAAGGCUGCACUGAUUGAUCCUGAGAAUAUGCUAAUAUUCACGGAUCAACAGCUUUUCUGGAUCACUCAGACAUUCUGGCCUUUAUCGCAAGCUUUCAUCAAGUUCUCGACGAUUAUCCUUCUACAUAACCUACUUGGUUCUUCGAAAAAGUUGCACGUUACGACUACAAUCCUCCUUAUAUUCACUGCAGGUUGGGGUAUAGCCUCAUUACUGGUGAAUAUCUUCCAAUGCUGGCCUCCUCAGUACUUCUGGCUCCAAGGCAGUAUCCAGGGAAAUUGUAUUCCCUCACAGACAGCUUUCUACAUAUCGAUCGGCAGCCUGUCUCUCGUGGAAGAUAUUUUAAUUUUAUUUCUUCCUGUUGCCGUUAUAUGGCGAUUAAAACUCGCAGUCUCAGAUAAGAUUCAACUCACGGGUCUUUUUUCUAUUGGCAGUUUGAUACAGCGAGCGCAUCGAAAGAAGCCCUAUGGACUCUGCUUGAACUUGACCUUGCCAUUGUUUGCAGCUCACUUAUUCUUAUGCGACCUCUUUUCAGAAAAUGGACAGGAGCAUAUGAGAAUUCCUGCUGCAGUCGUCGUGGAAAGAAUUUAA